CAUCGACACUGGAUCGCCAGAAUAUGUACUCAGAUGAAGAGGUCUCGCGGGGAAAUCGUGAACCUUCGGACUCACUGAUGCUGACUCUGGACCAUAAGAACGACCUCCGGGCUUGCUCACUCGUUUGGAUGUCAAAGUCCGAUAUGCUGACCACUUGUAGUGCUUUGACUUUGACCUUCGGAAACUUGGUGGUGCCAAUUUCCGUUCGCAUCUCGUAUUGACUUUGGCAUAAAAACUCACAAUAGCCCAGCUCGAACCACACAUGAAUACCGCUAUCACCGCUUUGAUCCUCAUUAUCUAUCAUGGCGCAGCGAAGAUUGAUCGCUACAGUUUCACUACAGUUCAUUGAGAAAAUAUUCGCCGCACCUUUUUCGGGGCAAUUCGCUACCCAUCUACGCAAUAGCAAUCCCCCUAGAGCGCUUGUAGGCAACCUCGAACUUGCAUCAUUCAACCUGCAGCUACCUACUGGCAGUUCUGGUAAAAUCAAUCAGGUCCAUUCCACCAAACUUUCCGGAUGCGAUGGCUGGAAAUCGCCUGAUUACUUCUACACUUCCCCUUCUGGCGCACUGGUCAUGAAAGUGCCUUCCCGAUCGCGGUGCGUUACCACGCCGAACAGCAAGCUCUGCCGCACAGAGCUGCAAGAGUCAUAUCCCAAAUCCUGGAACCCCAGAAACAGUGUCAACUUGCUGAAAGUUAGGUUAUCAGUGAUCAAGCCGGGUGACUCAAAGUAUGGUACUGUGGUUGGGUAGGUGAAAGUUCAUGACGAUGUGUCGACGGAGACCGUAGCAGAGCUCUUUUGCAACAGAGUGGGAAUAUGGGCCAUUGACAUCUCGCAGAUUCUGGAUGUGAGCAGCUUGAAAAUGACCAAGGUGUGACAGUUGGAGGUCGGUAAAAGCUUUGGGUAUCUUUU